CACGUACCCCCUUUUGUUUUUGUUCUUUCUCUAUUUUACUUUUAGACAUAGAAAGCAAGAAGUUUCUUCUGAAGCCAGAGAAAGAGAAAGGGUGGAGCGGUGAGCCAUGGAAGAAGAGAUGGUGGACAUGGAGGCACAGGCGCAGGCCGUCAAAGAGAAAGAAACCUCGUCGUCCAUCUUCAAGAAAGCCAAUCGUCCUGUUACUUUGAAGUUUGACAAUGUUGUUUACAAGAUUAAACCCAAGAAACCUGGACUGAUAAAGAACUCCAAGUCCGAGGAGAAAACAAUCUUGAAGGGAAUCAGUGGCAUAGUGCAUCCUGGCGAGAUGCUAGCCAUGCUAGGCCCCUCCGGUAGCGGCAAAACAACGCUGCUAACAGCUCUGGGAGGCCGUCUUGGCGGCCAUCUUGGUGGAAAAAUCACAUACAAUGGCGAGACUUUCUCCAGCAUUAUGAAGAGAAACACAGGAUUUGUGACACAAGAUGAUGUUCUCUACCCCCAUUUGACUGUAACGGAAACGCUUGUUUUCACUGCUCUGCUUCGGUUGCCUAAUAGUCUCUCCAAAGAGGAGAAGACCACUCAUGCCGAAGCCAUAAUCACGCAGCUUGGAUUGACAAAAUGCAAGAACAGCGUCAUAGGAGGGCCAUUUUUGAGGGGUGUGUCUGGGGGGGAGAGGAAAAGGGUUAGCAUAGGCCAAGAGAUGCUGAUCAACCCAAGCCUGCUGUUCCUCGAUGAGCCCACGUCGGGGCUUGACUCGACAACAGCUCAACGCAUUGUGUCAACGCUGGUGGAGCUCGCGAAUGGAGGGAGAACGGUUGUGAUGACAAUACACCAGCCGUCUAGCAGGCUGUUCUACAUGUUUCAUAAGGUGUUGCUAUUGUCAGAGGGAAAUCCUCUGUAUUUUGGGAAGGCAGCUGAAGCGAUGGAUUACUUUUCAAGCGUUGGAUAUGCCCCCUUAGUUGCCAUGAAUCCUUCAGAUUUCAUGUUGGAUCUUGCAAAUGGUAUUCCAUCCAGUGAUUCGCGGGAGGAGCCGAAAGCGGUUAAACAGAUGCUGGUUUCGGCUUUCAAAAACAAACUUGCCGAAAACUUGAAGGCGGAAGCAGAAGAAACCGGCCCCUGCCGUUGCGAGGAAUUGGAAGUGAAGCAGUCUGCAAGGUGGACCACGACUUGGUGGCAACAGUUCUCGGUGUUGCUUAGAAGAGGAAUGAAAGAAAGGAAACACGAAUCGUUUUCUGUCCUUAAGAUCGGACAGGUGCUGGUGGUGGCUUUGCUUUCGGGGUUAUUGUGGUGGCAGUCUGAUGUCAGUCACUUGCAAGAUCAGAUAGGGCUUCUAUUCUUCUACUCUGGAUUUUGGGGUUUCUUCCCUCUGUUUCAAGCCAUUUUCACUUUUCCACAAGAACGUAUGAUGCUCGAAAAGGAAAGAUCUUCGGGGAUGUACAGGCUCUCAUCGUAUUUCAUGGCGAGGACUAUCGGCGACCUUCCCAUGGAGCUUGUUCUUCCCACCGUGUUCGUCACCAUAACCUAUUGGAUGGCAGGACUCAAACCCACAGCCGCAAACUUCUUUGAGACUUUGUUUUCUCUGCUGUACAGCGUGCUGGUUUCUCAGGGCCUUGGACUCGCACUUGGUGCCGCAGUGAUGGAUCAAAAAUCAGCCACCAUACUUGGCUCGGUCAUCAUGCUGUCGUUCCUUCUAGCCGGAGGCUACUACGUUCAACAUGUCCCGGACUUCAUAGAAUGGAUCAAGUACAUUUCGAUAAGCCAGCACACAUACAAGCUCUUGUUAGGAGCUCAAUACAAGCCCCACGACACCUACCCAUGCGCUGGCGCUGCCAAUAGUGCUACUUGUCUAGUCGGGGAUUUUCCUUCCAUAAAGAUGGUGGGGCUCGGGGGCGCAGCCAUAUCGGUAGUCGCAUUGGGGAUAAUGCUCUUGGGCUACAGGCUUGUGGCUUACAUUGCCCUGAUGAGGAUUGGAGUGACAAGAAAAUAGGUAUUUUGUUAAUUUGUUAGAUGAAGCCUACUAUUACUAAUGAUGAGUUAGAGAUGAUGCAGA